UGGUGGCCGAAGCAACACACACACACACACAAACAAACAAAGGUCUCCCAAGAGUUUUUUUCUUAAAUUUCUGGCUUACAAUAUAUAUGGAUAUGUAUAACAACAAUAGAGGGCUUUUCCGGGGUUUAGUCUGUAGCCCGGUGGUGCCUCCAUUUAGCGAGGGAGAUGCUUGUUCUGAUGCGCAUACUGCUUUGUUCAACGAUAUGAGUAGUGAUGAAGAAAUGGACAUAGAGGAGCUUGAGAAGAGGAUCUGGAGAGACAAGCAGCGUUUAAAGUAUCUCAGGGAGAUGGCCAAGAGCGGGGUAGGAAAAAGAUUUUCCAAUCAGCUUGAUGAUGAGUUUCUACAGCAUUCGAGUAAGAGAACCAUUUACAAGGCUCAAGAUGGGAUCUUGAAGUACAUGUCCAAGACAAUGGAUCGUUGUAAAGCUCAAGGUUUCGUUUACGGGAUCGUGUUGGAGAACGGGAAAACUGUGGCGGGGUCUUCUGAUAAUCUCCGUGAAUGGUGGAAAGACAAAGUCAGGUUUGAUAGGAACGGACCAGCUGCUAUAACCAAGCACCACAAGGACAGCAAUCCUUUUGAUUCAAGUGAAAUAGGGUCUGAGGUUGGGGAGAGUACUGCGCAUAAGUUGCUUGAGCUUCAAGAUACAACUCUUGGUGCUCUUUUGUCGGCGUUGAUGCCUAAUUGCAAGCCUCCACAGAGGCGUUUCCCGCUGGAUAAAGGCGUGACACCGCCUUGGUGGCCAACGGGAAAAGAAGAUUGGUGGAGUCAACUUUCUUUACCUGACGAUUGUCGAGGUCUUCCUCCUCCUUACAAGAAGCCUCACGAUCUCAAGAAGCUGUGGAAGGUUGGUGUCUUGAUUGCUGUGAUCAGACAUAUGGCUUCUGACAUUAGCAACAUACCGAAUCUUGUGAGACGGUCUAGAAGUUUGCAGGAGAAAAUGACUUCAAGAGAAGGCGCUUUAUGGCUGGCUGCUCUUAACCAAGAAAAGGCUAUUGUUGAUCAAAUGCAUCAUUCUUUUACCUUCUCUACAGAAAACAACAACAAUUGUAACUUUCCUGUUCCCGGAACUGGCGACACAGAUGUUCUGUUUCCUGAAUCUGCAAAUUAUGAUGUAGAAGGGAUUGGUGGAUCUCAUCGGUUCAGUCCUCAGUAUCCUGAAGUUGACAACACCUAUACCUGUGUUUACAAGAGGAAGUUUGAAGGAGAUCUGGGGAUGUCAAUGCAUCAACCAACCCUCCUUACAUGUGAGAACAGUCUCUGUCCUUAUAGCCAACCACACAUGGGAUUUUAUGACAGGAACUUAAGAGAGAAUCACCAAAUGAAUUGUCCUUAUAAAGUCACUUCUUUCUACCAACCCGCUAAACACUUUGGUAUGUCCGGUUUGAUGGCUCCUUGUCCGGAUUAUAACCGGAUGCAGCAGCAGGUUCAGAGCAUUCAAGACCAGUUUAAUCCACCCAACAAUCCCUACAGACCAAAAGCUGAACAAAGAGGAGACAGCUACAAUGACUUGGUUGAUGAUCAGAGUCCUUCUCCGUCGAUGGUGAAUCAUAAUCCUGGUUUAGUCUUACCUACUGACUUCAAUGACCAUGCGGAAACAGUAGGAAUGGAGAACAAUCUGCAGAAUCAAGGGCAAGGCUUGCCCACAUCUUGGAUGCAGUAAAGAAAAAGCUUCUUGAGUUUUCUUUUUAUGUUUUCUAGUUUUAUAGCUUUUGUUUCUUGCUUUGUUUCUUUCAUUGAACACAGUUUUUGAUCUCUCCAUUUCAUAGCUUUUGUAGCCAUUGGAGAAGAUUAGGUUUCGUAAUAAGUUAACAACCCAUUUAAAGUAAACUUCUCUAUAUUGA